CUCGUCUCGUGAGAGAAUUCAGGGUAGGAACCCGUUGCGUGCCUCUUUUAUUCGCGAAAUAAUCGUUUGAGGCUCCCGCCUAGCACAACUUCAGUCGUUGACCACGUGCUUUCGCGUGAGGGAGUCUAUGUAAUCGUAUUCGUGAGUGUAUUGUGUCGUAUUAAUCGGAAAACGUCGUAUCGAGUUCUUUCUCACGCGCGAUUAAUUUUGGUGUUAGCUGAAAAUUAGUGAUUUCCAUGGCUUCCUUCAAUAUGCCUUUCAAACGUAAAUGCUUCAGAAAAACACCGAUCCACAUUGUUGAAAAUCACGAUGAGGUUUUACCAUUCAUUUAUCGAUGUUUGGGUUCAAAACAUCUUCCAUUUGAAGGAAAUACGUUUAUUCAUCUUGAUUCUCAUCCAGAUAUGCUUAUACCAAGGUGUAUGUCAGCUGAUGUUGUAUGGAAUAAGGAUGAAUUAUUUGGGGAUAUUAGUAUCGAAAAUUGGAUUAUGCCAGCAGUAUAUGCCGGUCAUUUCAAAAGUUUGAUCUGGAUAAAACCACCGUGGGCAAAGCAGAUACCCGAUGGAAUAAUGACUUUUUUCAUCGGCAAGCAUAAGCAGAGCGGUACUAUAAGGCUCACGUGCUCCGAACCUUAUUUCAUGAGCGAGGGCCUAUAUGCACCUCUGGAGGAUCUCGAUAAUAUUCGCGAGGUCACUUUACACACGAUGACCAUUGGUCUUUUCAUCGAAGAUCCAGGGAAGAAAGAUGAUUUUUUGUCGAUCAGUACAGCUUUGCGACAAUACUUGCCAGAAAAGGACACACCGUAUAUUCUUGAUAUCGAUCUAGAUUUCUUCAGCACUAGGAAUCCCUUCAAAUAUAUCUACGAUGAAAUAUAUCUUUACGAUAAACUUGCUCCUAUCUACUCUUUUCAACGGCCCGAUACAACCGAUCCGGAGAUCCUGAAAGAAAUUACUGCCUUCAGAAUCGAACAGCUCGACGAGUUGGAAAAUAUCUUCGAUCAUCUCGAAGACCACCGUACUUUGAAGAACUACGAAGGAGAAAAGUCAGCACGAUAUGAAGCUGUAGAAACUAUUGUCUGUGAAUUAACAACCGUAUACAAGGAGAAGGAUAUCGAUUGGAGACUCAUACAUGAAGCUGGUUGCACUAGAGAUGACACCGAUCUACCGGAUCACGUUACCAAUCCGACCGAUCUCGAACGUCUAAUAAGCGGGACAUUCGCAUUAUUUUUAUCCGCUUUACCAGUGGAACCUACAAUCGUUACUGUAGCCAGAUCUGCCGAAGAUGAUUAUUGUCCAAUGGAAGACGUCGACCUAAUUCAAGCGAAAGUUAUAGAACAACUUGAUAAACGCUUAGAAUCAAAAAUGGACGUCCAAUUAAACUAUGGCGAUAUGAUAUGCUUAAACUAAAUUACUAUUGUCAUACUCAUUAUAAACAUUACUUUGUAUCUUUUUUUUUUCUAUUAUACUUAUGUCAUAAAUAAAAAAUAAAUUUUUCUUACGAG